AUGGCCAGCAGAAAACUCGCGAGAGACCUUUUCCUAUCCAAACAUCUUCUCCUUCGUCAGCACUUAUUAGUAUCGCAACAGGUAUCCGGUAAUUGGUCGAGGCUACCUCCUUUCCCUCCUAAUGGGUAUUCGUGUCGACGCCACUUCGGUGUUUUCAAUGACUUCUCCAAUAAGAUCAAAGGGGAAGUUGACAGGAAUCAGGAUUUUAAAAAAUCCAUCAAGGAGAUCAAAGAAAAGGCAGAAGAACUGAAAGGAGUAAAAGAAGAUUUGAAAGUUAGAACGAAGCAGACUACUGAGCAGCUGUACAAGCAAGUAGAUGGGGUCUGGACGGAGGCGGAAGCAAAGGCAAAAAAGGUUUAUUCGAACGUGGAAGAGAAGAUAUCUGCUGCUAAAGAGGAGGUGAAAGGAAGCUUCGGUAUCGGAAAACAAGAGGAAACAAUUCAAGAUGACUGUCAAAGCUUAAAUAACAAAGAUCGAAGCAAGUCGUCUUUCGGUGAAGAAAAACAGAAACAGGGGCAGAAAGAACAAUCUGAAUCCAGUGGUGAUGCUGAAACACUAUUCAGCAAGUUUAAGUUUGGCGUUUCUUUCAUUUCUCCAAAGGUGUCCUCAGCAUUCCUCACACUGAAAGGAGCAAAGCCGGUGGACUUGGUGAAGAAGGGUUAUGAGAUCGUUAAGGAUGAACUAAAAGGUAACCCCAACAGAAGGAAACAUCUUGAGUAUGAUGCUUCUACCUCCGCUCCAUCACAAAAUAUUGAGAGAAGUACACGGACGGAUAUUGUCAUGUUACCUUCAAAGCAAUCUCCAUGGAGUAAGAAAUGGGAGGCUUUCAAGGACAAGAUGAGAAGGCAUCCUGCAUUCAAGCGCGUCAGUGGGAUUAGUGAGCCUGUAAUUGAGAAGAGUCAGGAGAUUGCCGAAGACAUGCGGGAGAGAUGGGAGACCAGUGAUCAUCCAGUUGUUCACAAAAUUCAGGAUAUUAGUGAAACUGUUCUUGGAGAAUCAGAUGCUGCCAUGUCGUUUAAAGAAAUAAGGCGCAGGGAUCAUACUUUUUCGUUACCUGAAUUUGUUGCUGAGGUUCAAGAAGUUAUCAAACCAGUUCUCAAUGCUUAUUUCAAAGGGGAUACUGAAGUAUUACAGAAGUAUUGUAGUUCUCACGUAAUCGAGCGGUGUAAAGCGGAGCACAAAGCUUAUCAAAGCCAAGGAAUAUUUUUUGACAACAAGAUUUUACAUAUAUCAGAGGUUGAAGUUCGAGAGACGAAAAUGAUGGGGGACACGCCCAUAAUUAUUGUGGCUUUCCAGACACAGCAAGUUUACUGCAUUCGUGAUAAGCUCGGUUCAGUGACAGAAGGUGGUCAGGACACAAUCCACACGGUGUAUUAUGCUUGGGCUAUGCAGCAGUUGGAUCGAGAAGAAGUUGGAGAAGGAGCCCCUUACUCCAUAUGGAAGCUUAGAGAAAUGCAGCAGCUUGGUGUUCGGGCCCUCAUUUGA